GAACACAUUAACGUUAAUUUAAUGGCGACGAGUCGUAAUUGACGUCUAGCACCUUUUGUCAAAAAGAUUAACUAUAUUGUUUAUAAGUAUUAUAAUAAUAACCACAAAAUACAAUCUCGGAUACAGAGAAGAUCCUUCCGUUCCGAAGUUGAUCAAUCAAUCACCAUGUCCGACGCAGUCAACGAUGUUUGGAGAAAAUAUCUCCUUCAGCUUCAGCUUCAUCCUCUCAGAACCAAGGCAAUUACUUCUGCAGUUCUAGGUGGUUUUAGUGAUGCUGUGGCACAAAAGAUUGCUGGGGCCAACAAACUUCAGUUCAGAAGAUUGCUUCUUUUCAUGCUCUACGGUUUUGCCUAUGCAGGACCCUUUGGACAUUUUCUGCAUAAAUUGAUGGAUAAACUUUUCAAGGGGAAGAAAGGCAAUGAAACUGUUGCUAAGAAGGUGAUUCUUGAACAAAUAACUAGCUCACCAUGGAACAACUUUUUCUUCAUGAUGUAUUAUGGCUUGGUUAUAGAAGGAAGACCUUGGAAAAUAGUCAUGAACAAAGUCCAAAAGGACUUUCCUUCUGUCCAGUUGACUGCAUGGAAGUUUUGGCCUAUCGUUGGUUGGUUGAACUACCAGUAUAUACCUUUGCAGUUUCGCGUUUUGUUUCACAGUCUUGCUGCUUCAUGCUGGGGAAUCUUUCUGAAUCUGAAAGCAAGAUCAGUUGCUAUCAAAAAGGCCUAGGACAAAAAUAGCCUUCACACUUUUGGGUAAUUUUCUCCAAUUUUUGUUAAUAGGGGGACAUUUUCAUGAUAAUUUGUAGGCCAUAUUGGAGUUGGAGUAUCUUUUCUUUUCAUUUUCAAUUUGUUUGUUAUGACUUAGUUGGACUUUGGAACUUGGCUCAAUAGUAAUAAUAAACGAGUUGUUAGUUUACCUA